AUGGCGAACGAGGCGACCGAGCGGCAGGCGAACGCGAGCGCGAUGGACGCGGACGCGCCGGAUGAAGCGGCGGAGCGCCUCGUGAGCGAGGAGUAUAAGAUUUGGAAGAAGAACACGCCGUUUUUGUAUGAUUUAGUCGUCACGCACGCGCUGGAGUGGCCGUCGUUGACGGUGCAGUGGUUACCGGAUCGCGUGGAGGUUCCCGAUCGCGAUUACAGCGCGCAAAAGUUGGUGUUGGGGACGCACACGAGCGAGCACGAGCAAAACUACUUGAUGAUUGCCGAGGUGCAGCUCCCGCUCGAGGGGGCGGAGGUGGACGGAAGGGAGUACGACGACGAGAGCGGCGAAGCUGGGGGAUUCGGAAGCGGUGGAGCCAAAGUCAAGGUGACGCAACACAUCAAUCACGACGGUGAAGUGAAUCGAGCGCGGUACAUGCCGCAAAACUCAUUCGUAUUGGCGACGAAGACGGUGAGCGCGGACGUAUACGUGUUCGAUUACACGAAACAUCCGAGCAAGGCGUCGCCGGACAGUGGGUGCCAGCCGAACAUUCGGCUGAAGGGUCACCUCACCGAGGGCUACGGUCUUAGCUGGUCGCCGUUCAAGAGCGGACACUUGCUCAGUGGGAGCGACGACGCGCAAAUUUGCCUCUGGGACGUCACCGGCGGCGACGGCGCGCGCGAGCUCAACGCGCAGACGAUUUACAAAGGUCACUUGAGCGUCGUGGAGGACGUUGCGUGGCAUGCUAGGCACGAGCAUAUGUUCGGUUCGGUCGGGGAUGACAAGCACUUGAUCCUGUGGGAUACUCGCGCGGCGCCGGCGAACGCGGCGGUGCUCAACGUCGAGGCGCACCAAGCCGAGGUGAACUGCUUGUCCUUCAACCCAUUCAACGAAACUCUUCUCGCCACCGGUAGCGCGGACAAGACGAUCGCACUGUUCGACAUUCGCAACACCAAGCAGCGCCUGCACACGUUCGAACAUCACACGGAGGAGAUUUUCCAAAUUGGCUGGUCGCCGAAGAGCGAGACGAUCCUUGCGUCGUGCGGCGCGGACAGACGCAUGAUGAUUUGGGAUCUUAGCAAGAUUGGCGACGAGCAGACCCCUGAAGACGCCGAAGAUGGCCCACCGGAGCUCCUAUUCAUCCACGGAGGUCACACGUCGAAGAUCAGCGACUUUAGCUGGAACAUGAACGAUGACUGGGUCAUCGCGAGCGUCGCAGAGGACAAUAUUUUACAAAUCUGGCAACCGAACGCGAACUGCGUGUGCGCGGGAGGUGACGACGAAGAGUAA